AUGCGUACAGGAAAAAGGAAAAAGGAAGGCUACAGGCCAGGUACAAGUAUUGCAACUCAUCCUAUUGCUUUCUCAUUACCUAGCGAUGAAUUAGAAGAGGGGGUUCCGCAAUUUCGUGCAUCGUGGAACGCUCACAUUCGGGAUGCUACCAUGGAUGUAUCAUAUCCUCAUCAGGAAAUCCGCUCCAAAGUCGAUCUGUCAACGUGUUUUGCUACAGUAUGA